AUGACGAUUUGUAGAUGGAUCUGGUAUCCAAGUCUAUUUAUUACAUUCACGUGUAAUCCUAAGUGGCCUGAGAUUGAAAGAUUUUUACAACCAAGGAAACUCAAACCUGAAGAUAGGCCAGAUAUAGUAUGCCGUGUGUUUAAAAUGAAAUUAAAUGCACUCAUAAAAGACAUUAAGAAGGAGAAGAUUAUUUUGCCGUCGAGUUUUACCGGAGGUGCAAGAUAUAUGGUGCAAAAUUACCAAGAUGCAAUGACGAUUUGUAGAUGGAUCGGGUAUCCAAGUCUAUUUAUUACAUUCACGUGUAAUCCUAAGUGGCCUGAGAUUGAAAGAUUUUUACAACCAAGGAAACUCAAACCUGAAGAUAGGCCAGAUAUAGUAUGCCGUGUGUUUAAAAUGAAAUUAAAUGCACUCAUAAAAGACAUUAAGAAGGAGAAGAUUUUUGGACUUGUGGAUGCAGUAAUUUACACCAUUGAAUUUCAGAAAAGGGGAUUGCCACAUGCUCACAUUUUGAUAUUCUUGAGCAAGAGUAGCUCUUACCCUAAUCCUAAAGAUAUUGACAUGAUCAUAUCUGCUGAGAUUCCAAGUCAAUUGUGCGACCCUGAGUAUUAUAAAGCUGUAGAAGAAUUUAUGAUUCACGGUCCAUGUGGUGCAGCGAGGAAGAACUCACCUUGCAUGAUAAAUGGUAUGUGCUCUAAAUUCUUCCCCAAAAAAAUUGUUGAAAACUCAAUAGUGGAUUUCGAUGGAUAUCCAAUCUAUCGGCGUCGAGAUAAUGGUCGUACAAUACGGAAGAAUGGGAUUGACCUUGAUAGUAGAUAUGUUGUUCCACACAAUAGACAUUUGCUUAUGAAGUACAAGGCUCAUAUUAAUGUGGAGUGGUGCAACCAAUCUAGAUCAAUAAAGUACUUAUUCAAGUACGUCAACAAAGGUAAUAAUAGGGUCACAGCUGAAUUCUACAACAGUGGGGUUGAAGAAUCUACUGGAAAAAUUGUAGAUGAAAUCAAGAUGUACUAUGACUGUAGAUAUAUUUCACCCCCUGAGGCUGCGUGGAGGAUUUUUGGUUUUGACAUACAAUUUAGGAAUCCAUCUGUUGAGCGAUUGAGUUUCCAUCUUCCCAAUGAGCAAUCAAUAAUAUUUCAUGACGACGAUUUGGUCAAUGAUGUUGUAAAUCGACCAACAGUAGCUCAAAGCAUGUUUACUGCCUGGUUUGAGGCUAAUAAAAAGUACGCAGCAGGGAGGCAGUUGACUUAUUCACAGAUGCCAACCAAAUUUGUUUGGAAGAAUGAUAAAAGAGAAUGGCAACCUAGGCAAAGAAAUUGGGCAAUUGGGCGAAUCUUUUAUGUGCCACCAAAUACUGGUGAGAUCUUUUAUCUUAGGUGUUUACUUAAUAUAGUUCGUGGACCGACUUCAUUUGAUGAGAUUAAAAAGGUCGAUGGUGUUCAAUACAAUUCAUUUAGAGAUGCGUGUUAUGCCCGCGGAUUAAUCGAAGAUGAUAAAGAGUAUGUUGAUGCAAUCACUGAGGCAGCAACAAGUUCACUACGAAAGUUGUUUGUUACCCUUUUGACAUCCAGUUCGAUGUCCAAACCAGAAAAUGUUUGGGAGAUGGUUUGGCAAUACUUAUCAGAUGAUGCUGGAUAUAUUUCUAGAAGGAACCUCUCAGUCUCAGAUUUAAGUAUGAAUGAAUCUCAAAAAAAGAAUUUUGCGUUGCUUGAAAUAGAGAAAUUGUUGAAUGCUUGGAACAAAUCUCUAUCAGAUUACCCACCUAUGCCAAUGCUAGAUGGAUACAAUGAUUGGUUUUGUGGUAACAGGUUGUUGUUAGAGGAGAUGUCAUAUGAUAGGGAAGCUCUAAUGCAUCAACAUAAUUCGUUGCAUCCGAAACUAACUGAUGAACAGCUACUCAUAUACAAUAAGGCGAUGGGAGAUGUUGAAACUGAGCGAGGUGGAAUGUAUUUCGUUUAUGGUUACGGUGGAACAGGAAAAACAUUUUUGUGGAAGACAAUUUCAGCAGCUUUACGGUCCAAAGGCGAGGUCGUUCUAAACAUAGCAUCAAGCGGUAUAGCUUCGUUGCUGCUACCUGGAGGUAGGACUGCACACUCCAGGUUUGCUAUACCUAUUGGUGUUAAUGAAGAUUCCACUUGCAACAUCAAGCAAGGCAGUCCACUUGCUGAAUUGAUAAUCAAAUCCAAAUUAAUAAUUUGGGAUGAAGCUCCGAUGAUGCACAAACAUUGCUUUGAAGCAUUGGAUCGAACAAUGAGAGAUUUAAUGCGUUUCAAGAAUUCAAGGAGCUCAACAAUGACAUUUGGAGGGAAAACAGUGGUGUUGGGUGGAGACUUUAGACAAAUUCUACCCGUUAUUCUGAAAGGUACUAGGCAAGAUAUAAUACAAGCCAGCAUUAAUUCAUCUUACUUGUGGAAUAAUUGUGAAGUUCUUCGUCUAACAAAGAAUUUAAGAUUGCGGGGUGUUACUAAUGAAAACGAUGUUGAGAAGUUAGAUCGUUUUUCCAAGUGGAUUGCGGAUUUAGGUGAUGGUAAUCUUGGUGAAGACAACGAUGUUGAUUGCAAUAUAAUAAUACCGUCUUCAAUUGUAUUAGAAAAUGAGGUUGAUCCUAUCAGACAAAUUGUUGAAAGCACAUUCCCUGAAUACCGUUCUGGGAACAUAGAUGAAAGACAAUUAGAGAAUAGAGCUAUAUUAGCUCCAACAUUAGAUGUUGUUGACGAGGUCAAUGAAUACAUGAAUGGUAUUAAUGAAGCUGCAUCAAGAACAUAUUUGAGUUGUGAUUCUGUUUGCAAGGCUGAGGCAAACUUUGAUAUGCAAUCUCAGUCUCUCGGGUCAGUAAUCCAGAUGGUCUUAAGGUCUUAA